AUGCUGCCCGAGCUGAACAGCUGGCUCGAAGAGACGUGUGCGGGGUUGCCUUCGUGCGCCGUGUUUUUUCAGCUGGCCUCCGUCACUGGAGGAGGCGACAGCGUCGUCAUUACGGCCAUCAGCACAUGGCUUUGGAAGGCCUGGGGCCUUGAGUCCUGGACUCGUGGUGGCGCGCCGGGUGCUUGCUCUGAGCAAGCGCCGUCUUCGUCCAGUUCUUCGGGCUUGAGUAGCAGCUCCUCUUGGCACAAGGAGGCCGAGGACCUCGGUGAGGAGAAAGCUAACUCAAGACUUUGCCAGCUCAUGGGAGACGUGCGUGACAAGGAUCUGGGGGAGAUCUCCGCGCUCGAAGCCGCGCUUGGCCAUGGCAGCGAUGCCAACCUUGUCGUUGAGGGUUCCAGCAGCUCCGUCUCGGGAUGUGGCAGCUCGAACGCCAGCGCAAGUCCCGGCCAGAUGGUGCACGUUUCAGGGCCGGGACUUCGAUGCAGAAACACGGAGGAUUCUCCAUAUCGAUGCCUGAUGGAGGUCGAGCAGAGACACCUUGCUGCAGCGAGGAAGGAUCCAGCAACCGGGCUGCCGAUUUGCGGCACCUGUGCCCGUUUGGGGCACCCGCUCUGCGGCCUCAGGUACUGGAUCACGCUGCGAGCAGCCUGGCUCAGGUUGCCUGAGGAGCUCGUGGCGGAAGAGCCUCACAGUUUCGAGGAUCCUGGCUCCGUGCAGAUCGCCAGGCAAGCACAGAUAGGCUUCGUGCGGGAGAUCAGUGAGGGCGAGGCAGAAGAUCUUGAGGACUGCCUGGAUGCCAUUCAAAGGCCGUUCCCGCUGCUGCGGAGGCCUAUUCCUUUAUCGCAGGCUGUCCAGUAUGCGGAGGCGUUGUGGGAAGACUGA